UAACUCACCGAGCACGUUUCUAAAAGAUAAAGCCAAGUGUCAUGUUCUUUCUACGGUGUAGGCUAUUCUCUGGACGGUGGUCAUGUGAAACAUGACGCACGCUCGUAGGCUGACGCUUUGCUCUAGUUUAACGUCUGUAAAGGUGUGGGUUCAUUUCCUGACCCUUUCCGCGCGUGCAGCAUCAUCUCCUCGCAGGCUGUUGCAUCCUCCUGAGGGACCGUCGGCGCUCUUCACAGCCUGCACACUACACACCGGUCUCUGAUUCGCAAUCUGGAAACUGUGCAGUUUAGUGUCUGCAACCCAUGAGCCGUGCAUCAGGAGAAGAAGCAGUACAUACUCUCUGUGGCCUGUCGUCCUCUCUGCUCUCUUCUAAUGGUUUGAUGGAGAUCUGGUCGGAUGACAGCUGGAACUGUUGUCAUAACUGGAGGAAUUCUCGCAACAGUGAUACUCCUGUGUAUCAUUGCAGUGCUUUGUUACUGUAGACUCCAGUAUUACUGCUGUAAGAGAAAUGAGUCAGAAGGGGAGGUGGGCUCGGUCGGAGAUCCUCAGCCACAGUUCGCCUGCAACACAUGCAGUGCUCCAGGAGUGGAUGGGCCGGCCGUCACACCUCUCUCGCUGCCAUACGACCCCACUCCGGCUCACAGCUACUGCCCGACUUGCUCACCCUACUACCUCCGUGGCACGGAUGAGAUGCGGAACGGCGGUGAACGCCUGUCCUACAUGCCCACUCACUACGAGAACCAUGGUGCCACUGCCCUUGGUCUGGCCGCCAUGUACGGCCCCGUGCUGAGUCAUCGCAGUACGCCAGACUUUUACACCAAUACACGAGCCAUCAGCACUGACGUCUGACCCUCACAGACCCGGAGAUGGACCCAGGGACAGAGUUGCCUCUGUGGACCAGAGCAACUGGGACCGUUACAUCUCCAUGUGCCAAGGGUCAAAAUGACCUACUGGAUGCCAUGUUAUUCUUCCACACAGGUCUAUGACCAUCUUUAGUCUUCCAUUAUCUUUUGUUUUACCUGCUGUUUACCUCUUUCUUGCACAUCCCUCCCUCUUCGUGCUUUGAGGGCUGUGUGUUAUAUGACAUGUAUUGUUUGUGGCGUUUUUGGCCUUUUUAAGUCUUAAACGUUAAAUCGGGUUUUUUAUUUCUAUGGAAAAGUAAGAUAAAGCAUAUAUUAUAGUUAGAAAAUCGAAAUAGAGCAGCCCAAGGAAGCUACUUAGGCUCAUCUCAAGUAUCUUGUUGUUUAUUGUGACAUAAAAGGCAAACACUCCACACAAAUUUUUAAUAGCUUUUAAAAAAAGUAUCUUUGUUGGAAAGAGCAUGACAUUCAGCUUUAUCUAAAUAUCGGUCGCCGUGAUUUUGCCAAGUAAGACAUGUUCCUGGAUCAACAUCUUUUGAUGAUCCUGGAUCAACAUUAAUGUCCAAAAAUUUAGAAUUAACCUAAUCCCUACCCCUAAACCUACCCCUACCUAUAAUUUAUUCCUAAAAUCAGAGGGAAAUGAUAGCUGAUUAACAAGAGUGUAGAAGUGCCUAACCCUGAUUGUAAGCCUAAAACAGAUAUUUCCUGAAAAGUUAUAUCUCUAUUCUGAUUGGUUGAUUGGAAUGUUGUUCCAGAACAUGUUGUAUUGGUGAAAUCACGUUCACCCUAAAUAUCCCUGAUAUACUGAGUCUUUGUCUUUGAAAACUUAUUUUAGGAUGAGAAAUUAUCCAAAAUGUGAUUGUCUUCACGUGUGUUGAUCUGUUGGGAAAAUGUUAAAUGAAUUACUGAUGAUGAUUAUAUUGGUCAGUUUAUAUUUGAAUAUAUAGGUAUGUGUCACAUUAACUCAAAUUCACAAUGGCUGGAAAACAUUCAAAUACAUUUAUCUUGUCCGUUUGUAUGGCAUUAUGGCAGUUGAAAUGAUACUCAUAGAAAUGAUAUUCUUUCCAUGUCUUUGCAAAUGUGUUUAUGUAAAUUAUAUUUUCUCACAUAUUUGUUUCAUUAGCCAUUGGUUUAUGAAUCGUACAUUCUGAUGUCUAUGUUCACUCUGUCUGAAGCACUCUUUGUUAGUAACUGGUUCACAAUACAAAUCACAGGAUGGCACUUCUAUUUAACAUUUUGGGAAAAAUGUGAAAAAAUAUGGAGUGUAUCAGUAUAUGGUUUAAAAUGCUGAAGAAAAAAAGAGUAGCUUAUUGUCCACAUAUUUCACAGAAUGCUUUUGGAAAUAAAUGACGCAUUUAUAAAUGCCUGUAGACUUUUAUAAAAUUGGUCAAUUGUGAUCAGAGUAAUAAAAGCCAUUUCACAUCUAUACAGAUACAUGUACAUAAAGAUCAAAUUAUUUCAAUGAUUGAAAUGUUUCCUGUCAAGUCUGUCUAUCUG